UUCAUGAUAUUUUCGUUCGCAGCUCUGCACGCUUUCGCAUCAUACACAUACCCUGGCGCCACGGAUCCUCCGCUUUCCUGCACGCGACGCACCCUCACCCAUCCACAUCAUUCCUAUAGUCCUCAUGUUGCCACGAGUGAUGUUAAUCCCAAUGCACCAUCGGGCGCCGGCCCCUCUGGUCAGAAUCCCUGUUUUCGACAUCUUGAAUGCCUUCUACUACCCUAUCUUGGUGAUUAUAACUCCGAAACUCCGGGCGUGCGGUAUUGUCCGCUUGACUCAAAACAUUCUUUUCAUCAUUCCCACUCGGCAUGACAAACCAUAUCAGCUCAUGUCCACUAUCUUUCAUACCGUCAUAUCGACCACACCACUCUUUAUAUCUCCUUAUGUCUUUUUUUUUUUUUUUUUUUUUUUUUUUUUCUUUCAUUUUUCUUCCCAUUGUCUUGUUUCGUGGUAUAAUUCUCAUGACUCUACCACAUUCAAGGGAGCAUGUCUGAAUACAUCGGACUCACCGGCACCUGGACAUGUCUCCAAACCCUUCUUACUUUCUCCUGUACCAAAUAGUUUCUCGUCCCCCAUUUCAUCAUUGAUGUUGUUCCAUUUGUUUAAUGUCCACAAGGAACAACCACUGACCACUUCGCAUUGGGUCUAUCGCAUCCAACUCGUUCACUAACCGACCAAGUUUCCUUAUCCCGUCUCUGUAUCUCAGGCAGCACCCUUUCUAACUCUCACUAUAAGAGGAGUAAGUAAAGGCGGCUGUCAUCUGCAGUCAGCUUUUCUCAUCAUCGUCCCGGCAGUC